AUGGGCACCCAAGCACAGCAAUCUGGCACAGGUGCCCAAUUCCACGAAGGGAAUCCCCGCCCAACGGUAGUGUCGCCCAUUCUGAGCGAGAUCCGCGAGGAUGGUGCCGAAGAGGAAACGUUCCAGCUCCCAACCAAAUAUUACGCAGAGCUCGACUCAAUUCGUAUCCCGAUGCACAUGCCAUACAAUCAAGAGGAUUUUCAAAAUUGGCAAAACUUACAGAAGCAGUCCGUGCAUCGGCUAUAUACCAACAAUCCGGAGCAAGUGCAUUCGCGCCCACUUGAUCAGCUAGUGUCAAAACCUGCGGGAAUUAAUUCCGAAGAUGCUAGGAAGACACCGUUGCAUGAUAUGAUGGGCUGGAGUAUUAUGAAUACAAAUUCUGAAAAGAUGACCGUGCCAGGAAACACAGAUCCUCUCACCUUAAACAAGACCGAAUCUCGCGGAUGGAAUGAACCAUGGUCGUUCAAAAACGCAUUGGGUGCCGAUUCUAAUGUCAAAGUCGCUGGAAAUACAGUCGUGGGCGCUGGUGUCAGAACAUCGUCACGCAGCGCCUCGUGGCACCAAAAAUUUGUGACGUUUUUGCUCCGUAAUCCAUUUGUGCCAUUCAUCUUGCGUGUAAUUAACAUUGCCGUGCUUUCUUCAACACUGGCCGUGGGAGUGCGCUUACGGAAAAGCCUUCAUGACGUGGACCUCGAGUGGGCCGUGGGAAUGAGUCCUAUCCUGGCGAUCGUGUUCACACCCCUUUCGCUUGCAUAUGCGCUUUUUCAAGUGUGGCUCGAGUACAGAAGUCGUCCUAUCGGACUUUGGAAGGCGAGCUCCAAGCUUGGAUAUAUGGCUUUGGAACUCAUCUUCGUGUGUCUAUGGUCGGCGGAAUUGUCGCUUUCAUUCGACAACUACUUCACAUCGACAAUUGCGUGCAUGUCAUCAUCUUCACCAUUUUAUUCCCACAUCCAACCUGUACAGGAGCAUAUCGCGAAUAAAAGCACCAUAUGUGAUCUGCAAAUCUCUCUCAUUUGUUUGUGUUUCAUUUCCGUCAUGGUAUACCUGAUCGUGUUCCUUAUUCUGGCUCGUUUCUCUUCGUCUUAG